AAUUGAAGGAAAUAUUCUGUAGAUAUGCUACAAAGAAGACUGGAAAUCUGAAAAGAUAAAGCAACAAAUAUCUCCGAGAAUAACGCCAAAUAAGCCAUACUUAUUAAUUUAUUAUGACUUCAAAUGCAGUAAACCCCCAUUUAACAAAGUUCAAAAGACAUGUUCUUUUCUUAAUUUCAACUAUCAUUGCGAUCAUAAAUUCAAGAAUAGACUAUUUGAAAAUUAAAUUCGCAGUGUUACUGACUACUAUGGAAGUAAUUUCCUCAACUUGGACAAGGUUCAAACAAAAUAUUGAGGAACAGCGCUACGAAAUACCGGAUAAGGUAGUUGGAUCCACUGUUUAUAAUGAACCUGAGAAAGUUUUGGUUGAUGUAAUUUUCAUACAUGGAUUAGAUGGUGCAAUGAAUAGCUCAUGGAGACAAGGCACUUGGGAUGAGGAUGAGCAUCAAAAGAACAUAUUUUCAGAUUUAUGGAAAAAAAGUCGUAGAAAAAAAACCCGGAAAAAUAUUGAGGUGAACAACAUUAGUGGUUGUUGGCCAAUAGACUGGAUUCCACAAGACUGCCAAGGUGCUAGAGUCAUUUCUCUUGACUACAUCACAGGAUGGUUAUGGUGUCCACCAUUUAUAAAAGAAAGAGAGGGAAAUAACUUGAUAACUAGGAGUGAUGAAAUGAUUCAGGAAUUGAUAAAAUUAGGGGUUGGAAAGAGACCUAUAGUAUGGGUUGGUCACUCAAAAGGUGGACUUUAUAUUAAACAAAUUAUAGUUAAUGCGUGGGAGAGUCGAAUAAAAGAAGUAGAACGCAUUUUCAGGCAAUCAAGAACAAUUGCAUGGUAUGGAGUACCACAUAGGGGAUCAUCGCUGUCACAUUACACCCUCCCUUUGUUAAGAAGAAGUGUACCACUGUCAGAAACUGAAAGGAACUGUGAUUUCCUACAAAACCUACAUAGAACAUUUUUACAAAUAAUCGAGAAGGAGAAUGUGGAGAUUGAAAUUUCGAGUUUUAUAGAAACAAAAUGUACCUUAGUUAUGCCUUUUGUAUAUUGGCAAGUUAUACCAAUCGAAUCAGCAGAGCCAAAUAUUGGGAGGAAGUAUCUUGUUCCUGUGGAUCACGUAGACAUUUGCAAACCGAGAGGGAAAAAUUGCUAUUUGUAUGUAGGAUUAUCAGAGUCGAUCAAGAAAUUAGCAGGACAAAAGGAGUUAUAUCAAAAUGUUUAA